UAUUGAACAUGUUGAAUCGAAAGGUGGACUGAACAUUCCCCCAAAAAAGGAAGGCACUCAAAAAAGUUGUAUAAUAUGGAAUCUUUUAUCAUUAUCCUUAUUUUGUAUAGAUUGGCAUCACUGUGUAAUGCUGCAGAUUUAUGUGAUGCUUCGCGAAGAACUGUAGUCAGCGUCAAUAAAUGUCCAGAGAAUGAAAUUGAGUGGAUGGAAGCAGCCAAAAGAAAGAACUGUACAUCACUUGCUGAAUCAUGCUCAGAACCAGAAAGAAUUGUCUACCACUGUGUCUUAAACCCCUUUGUAAAUGAAACCUUAGAAGUCUGUGUCAUUGGGAGAAAUAUUCUUUUAGGGAGAUGUACUGAGUACAGCAUUUCAGGAAAUCUGAUCCAGGAGAGUGGUAUGAACUGUAGAACAUUUCCAAAUCCUUGUCCUGUUAUUUAUCACUCCACUGAGGCAUAUAAAUAUCAAGAUUGUUACAAAUUAGUUCCUAGACCAAUAACAAGCCAACCCACAACUAAGCUCCAAGUCCAUUCAACAACAGUCAAUAACAAAUUGACAGUGAGCUCAAUAAUGCCUGAAAAUUUUACCAUUUCAGAAUUCAUUCCAGAAAGAUCAGAUAAUAAGGAUACUACUGCUUGGGCUACUGUGAUAAUUGCACUUAUUAUACUUCUUAUUGUGGCUGCUUUGAUAUAUAUAUGGAACAGAAGGCAUAAACCAAGAGAAAGGGACACAUCAAAAGCUUCCUAA